AUGAUAAAUUUUAUUCUUUUACAGAAGAUGAAAGCAGUAAGAUGUCCUACUGAUGAACUCAGUAUUACAAAUUGUGCUAUAAUUAAUCCAGAUGACUUUCCAUAUGAUGUCAGCCAUAUUGAAGUUACCACUGCACCAAAUUAUCAUUUUGUAUUUACUAUAAAAAGACAUAAUGAAGUACUUUCGGGAACUGUGGGAUUUAGUUUACCUCAAAGAAAAUGGGCUACUCUUUCUCUUAAUCAAGAAAUUGAAGUUCAAGCUUAUCAUUUUAACCCUACUUCAAGUACAGAAUGUUUAUGCACAAUUGUGUUGGAAGCUGACUUUUUACAGAAGAAAUCGAUUACUUUGGAAGCAUAUAACACUGAUGAAAUGGCUAAAGAUUUUUUAUUACAAUUUUCGGGACAGGCAUUCACCGUGAGUCAGCAGUUGGUGUUUCAGUUUAAAGAUAAAAAAAUGCUUGGUCUUGUGGUUAAAAGUUUAGAAGCUGCUGAUCUUUCUGCUAUAAGUUCUGGACAAAAUACUGUACCCAAAAAGACUCAAAUGGGACGUUGCUUGGGUGAUACUGUGAUACAGUUUGAAAAAGCAGAAAAUUCAAGUUUAAAUCUUAUUGGUAAAGCAAAAGGGAAAGUUGUUCGUCAGUCCAUUAUCAAUCCAGACUGGGAUUUCCAGAAAAUGGGAAUUGGUGGACUGGAUAAAGAGUUUAGUGCUAUUUUUCGAAGAGCAUUUGCAUCACGAGUUUUUCCGCCAGAGAUUGUUACACAAUUGGGAUGUAAACAUGUAAAAGGAAUUUUACUUUAUGGUCCUCCUGGUACAGGCAAAACAUUAAUGGCACGACAAAUAGGCACUAUGUUAAAUGCUAGAGAACCUAAAAUCGUCAAUGGCCCUCAAAUUUUGGAUAAAUAUGUUGGGGAAAGUGAAGCUAAUAUUAGGAGAUUAUUUGCUGAUGCUGAAGACGAGGAGAAAAGGCUUGGGCCCAAUAGUGGAUUGCAUAUCAUUAUUUUUGACGAAAUUGAUGCUAUUUGUAAAUCUCGAGGUAGCGUUGCUGGAAAUACAGGAGUUCAUGAUACCGUUGUAAAUCAAUUACUUGCAAAAAUUGAUGGUGUAGAACAAUUAAAUAAUAUUCUUGUUAUUGGUAUGACUAAUAGAAGAGAUAUGAUUGAUGAAGCCUUAUUACGACCUGGUAGAUUGGAGCAUGGACGAUUUCAAAUCCUUAAUAUUCAUACAUUCAGAAUGAGAGAUUAUAAGAAAAUAUCACCUGAUGUUGAUUUGAAAGAAUUAGCUACACUAACUAAAAAUUUUAGUGGUGCUGAAUUGGAAGGUUUAGUUAGAGCUGCACAAAGUACAGCUAUGAAUAGGUUGAUCAAAGCUUCUAGUAAGGUAGAAGUAGAUCCAGCUGCGAUGGAAAAACUUAUGGUUUCCAAAGCUGAUUUUAUUCAUGCUUUAGAAAAUGAUGUUAAACCUGCAUUUGGUACAAGUGCAGAAGCAUUGGAUCAUCUUCUUAUACGUGGAAUCAUUAAUUGGGGUAAACCUGUGGUAGAAAUUCUAUCUGAUGGUAAUUUGUACAUUCAAGAAGCUCGUUCCACGGAAGGUUCAGGUCUUGUAUCAGUUCUGAUAGAAGGACCGCCAAAUAGUGGAAAGACAGCCCUUGCAGCUCAAAUAGCUAAAAAUUCUAACUUUCCAUUUGUCAAAGUAUGUACACCAGAAGAUAUGGUUGGUUUCACAGAAUCUGCAAAAUGUCUUUCAAUUCGAAAGAUAUUCGACGAUGCAUAUCGUUCACAACUUAGUUGCAUCUUAGUUGAUAAUAUUGAGCGUUUGUUAGAUUAUGGCCCAAUUGGACCAAGAUAUUCUAAUUUGACUUUGCAAGCAUUAUUAGUUUUACUAAAAAAGCAGCCACCGCGUGGUCGUAAAUUGUUAAUAGUCUGUACCUCGAGUCGCAGGCAAGUUUUGAAUGAUAUGGAAAUGUUAUCAGCAUUUAGUACAACUCUUCAUGUACCUAAUUUAUCAACUCCUGACCAUCUUAUGAGUGUUCUAGAGGAAGUAGAUCUUUUUAAUAAAGAAGAAUUGACAAGAUUACAUGGCAAAUUUCAGGGAAAACGAAUAUUUAUUGGUAUAAAGAAAUUGCUGUGCUUGAUAGACAUGGUACGUCAAGUGGAACAAAGUUACAGAAUUCCGAAAUUCCUUUCGAAAUUAGAAGAGGAAGGUGCACUAGAGUAA